GACUGCGGCGGAUCGGAUCGAAUCGAAUCGAUUUCCCGACUCACGAAACCCUAGCCUCACCUUCCUUCCCCAUCGGCGGCGGCCAAUCGAUGGCGGACCUCGUCCGAUCCCUGCCGACCCUGUCGAGGGAUGACCCGCGCUCGAAAUCUUUAGGCGAGACCGAGUCUGAGCGAGCGGCAACUGCGUUGAGGGUGAGGCGGAUGGCGCACCAGAUCUUGGUGGAGGCGCCGGAUGAUGAGGAUGAUGAGGAGGAUUUUGAUGAUGAUGAUGAUGAUGAUGAUGAUGAGGAUGUUGUUGUUGAUGAGGUGAAUAAGAAGGAGGAGGGGUGGUGGCAGAAGCUUAAGGAGCUUCAGAGUCAGUACGGCCCGGCGCUUGUCGCUCGUGAUUCGGAAGCCAAGAAGCGCAUCCUCGACUACGAUCCCAAGCAGGGGGGCCUCUACUACACCCGGUUCGCCCACGUCUAUGACCUCGCCUCAUUCGACCUCGACGAGGAGUCACCCCUUCCACCGAUGAGAUUUACUGAUGCGGUCUACAAAAGCAAGCACGACUAUGAGCUGUGUGAGGCAGUAAACAUCUUAUCUGUGAAGAUGGGCUCUUUGGAUAUUGACUUCCCGAUCCAUGUUUAUGGCACUGUCAUUGCCAGGGAUAGCCUUGACAAAAAGUGUGUUUAUCUCUUCCGCCGUGGCAGAGAGGACUCCCAAACUAUCAACUCUAAGGAUGAAUCGCUGAUCUUAACAGGACCAAAACGAGGUCUUGCGUUGAUAAGUGAUACAUAUGUGGAGACUAAUCUGAUGAUCAAGGGUGAUGAUGAGUUGCAGCAGGACAGAGAACUCAGUAAAGGAAUGCUAACAAUACGAGGCAUAGCACGGCGAGUGUUGAAGAAUUGUGAGCUUGAAAGCUGCUCUCUCGCUACCAGGCUCAGUACUGUGGAUGUGAUGCAUGGAGUUGUGAAAGAUGCAGUGGAAGCUACUAUUUCAGUUGAAGUUUUAGCGGGAGAGUAUUUUGGAGAAAUCACAGCCUGCACCAGCAGCAUCAAGGAAAGGCUUGUGCUUCAUGACAGCAGAUUGACUCACCAUAGUGCUAGUAGUGGUCAGAACAUUGCCCCUGGCGUCAUCCCACUCUUGCGAUCUGUGGUGGCUGUCUAUGUCAAGGAGAUGCUGUUACUGACUUUUGCUGCCCAUACUGAUGAUGGAAAAAUUACAAGGUGCAUUGAAAUUACUCCAAGAAUCAAUGGUUCAGAUCUGGAUGAAAUUACCGUUGGUGCCGUAACAUUGGGCGUGAGGGUUGUAUGGUCAAUAAUUGACUUUUGAGUAUCAAAUGUUGGUUUAAUGGUAUUUAAAUGAAUAAUUGUCUGUAAUAACUGUGUUUAUCGACUGGUUUGUCGUUGGUCUUAUGUAAGUGGGAAUAUCUGUCGACUGGUGUGACUUUUCAUCUUGUUCUUAAUUAGCAAUCUGCUACACCAAACUAUCAUGUGAUAGUGGAAACAAAUGUGGACGAGGAUAUACAGAGUUUUUGGAAUAA